AUGGUCACAGAGGUGGACCAAAAUCAAAUUACGGAUGGUACUAGACCAGAAGAGGUCCACGGGUGUAGAAUCAUACAAAAGGCCCAGGAUCUCUACCUCCGUAACAGAUCAGCUCUAGUGGAUAAAAUCAUUUCAGGAACUCCACUAGACUCUACUGAAGAGGUACCACCUCUAAAAGCGGUUGAGGAGCUGUAUAGCGGGAUCUUCGAGCGGGCUGCGACGGAGACGAUGACGGUUCAUCCCGAACCACGAAACACCGAUGCCACCACUUUCGCUCCAUUCGAAGAAAGCGAACUAGAGGCAGCCAAAACAGCAUGGGCUAACUCAGCACCUGGUGCUGACGGAAUAAACGGUGGCAUCGGUUAA